AUGAACGAAUUUUUGGAAUUUAACAAACCAGAAAUUUUAGUUGAAAAGCGCACAAAAGUGCAUAACCAACUAAUUACUACUCCUCCUUCUACAACAUUCAUUGUUACUACAACUAUUAGAACUAAUUUUACAAUUAAUGCAAAAAUUCUCACCACAACAACUACGAUUGAAAAAGCAGAAGAAAAACGCACCUAUCGUACAGUACAACAACAAAUUGUACCAUUGAAGAUAUUAGAAUCAGUACUGUUUCCACUAAUUCUUAUCUUCUACAGUUCGAUAAUAUCACUCUCAACAGCUACAAUAAAUCUUCCACCAACUGGUACAAGUCGUUUUGCUGAACAAGAAAUUCAACUUUUAAGAGAAGCAUUCUUGAGAAAGUUUGGAAUGAAAGAGCAACCAAAACAAGCUAAGCCAGCAUUACCUAUCCCAUAUUAUGUGUGGAAUAUUUAUAAAAAGGUGAAAAAAGAAGAUAUUGCCUGGGUUCGACAUUACUAUCCACAUAGUAUUAUGGAGUCAGAUAAUAGCACCCUACUACUUCAGUAUGAUCUAUCGGUUACUGUACAAAAUGUUACCAGUGAGACAGUUACUCGAGCUGAUUUGAAACUAAAAUUGAGAAAUGAAAAAAAUCGAAGACAUAUGAAAAUUUAUGAAAUUGAUCAGAGAAAUUCCGAAAUAUGGAGGUUAAUCGAUGCUAAAUUUAUUGUGGAUGAUUUACGGGGUGAUUAUCAGUGGGUUGAAAUGGAUGUCACGGAAGCGAUACGAAGGAGACGACCAAAUAUGAAUAGGAUUGAUUUCGCAGUGAAGUUGUCGAGUAUUCAUCUGAAAACAUCCGCGAGCACAUCAUAUCAACAGUUGACAGCACAUCCCCUCUUAUCGUAUAAUAGGAAACAGGCCUCUGCUUUGGUUGUUUAUGUUCGAACUGAUGACACUGCUAAGGUACGAAAAAAACGAAAAGCAAAUACACGACGACGACAUCAACAUAAAAAACACGAUCAUAGAUUAACUGAUAAGAAUUAUUGUCGUCGUACACAACUUUUAGUUGAUUUUAAUGAAUUAAAUUGGCAAGAUUGGAUUUUAGCUCCAUCAAGCUAUAACGCUUAUCAGUGUCAGGGUGAAUGUCCGAAUCCAUUGACCAGUCACUUCAACACGACGAAUCAUGCCAUAGUGCAAGGCCUUAUCAAUUCGGUGGAUCCAAGUUUAGUGCCAGCUCCAUGUUGUGUUCCAACUGAAAUGGAAUCCCUCGCAAUCCUUUAUAUCGAUGUUGAAGGUAAAAUUGUCAUCAAGAACUAUCCCGACAUGGAGGUGCUCAGUUGUGGAUGUCGCUAG